AUGGUGACUCAGUCACAAAUCGAUUCGGCCGAAUCGUUAAAAGACGCAGGCAAUGAUGCCGUGAAACGAGGAGAGUGGACGGAAGCAAAUGACUACUAUACUGAAGCAUUGCAACUGACUUGUGAGGACGACAAAGCCUUAAGGGCGGCUUUGUAUAGAAAUCGUGCGCUUACAAGAUUAAAGCAAGAUGAUUUUGAAGGAGCUGAAAGUGACUCCACAAAAGCUUUGGAAUAUGAUGGAGCUGACGUGAAAGCUUUAUAUAGGCGAGCCCUUGCUCGUGAACAGCUCAACAUCGUUGCAGCUGCUUUCAAAGAUGCUAAAGAAGCGUUGAGGCUCAGCCCUAAGGAUAAAAGUAUUUCCGAUUUGCUGCAACGACUUGUCGUUGCAAACAAUGAGAAAGUCAAGAAGGCUACCAGUAUGGACAACAAGGUCAAGGAUAUGAGUAGCUUAGCUUUCGAAGGUCAAGCAAAAGACAAGGAGCAGAAAGUACAGGCUUUCAACAAUCUUCUCGUUCUUGCGAGAGAAACAGAAGCUGGUGCUGCGAGGAUUUGGAAUUCAAGCAAGGGAGUCGCAAUAUUGCUGUCGGUAGCUGAAAACAACAAUGAACCGUUGGAAGUAUCCGUUGCUGCAAUUAGGAUUUUAGAUGAGAUUCUGAAGAACCAUGGACGAGCACUGUACUUUCUGUCGAUGCAUGAUAAUGAUGGUUUGCGUUCGGCACGGUACGUUUGCCGUCUCAUGUGCGUUAGGGAUGCUAAAGAGUAUGUCGAUGCUGCCGGAUUAAUAGUGCAGAGAAUAUUUAACGCUCUUGUUAAAAUGGACCGUACAAAGGAAGUAAAACCAGAUCCAGAAGUUGCAGAAGCCAAUAAGCUAUGGAUUAUCCGUGUCAUUUUGGAACUUCAAGAAAUGUUAACUGACAAAUCUGUGACGGCAAUAGUUAGAGAGAUGGUAAUUGAUAUUCUACUGAAGAAUCUAAUGCAUAUGGAUGGUGGUAUUCCACGUGGAUGGUCUUGGAAGUUCACUGAAGAGACAGGUCUUUUGGCCCUUUUGGAUGUAUCUUCGCAAAUACCGGAACAGUGUGACUAUCCGGUAUCUCAUGAGACUCGGCAACAUGUGGCCAUUUGUCUUCAACGACUUGAUGAAGACAUGGUUUUCGACUCGAAGAGAUUAAUAUACAAAGAGAAAGUCGACCUCUUUUUCAAUGGUCUUAUGGCACGCGCUAGUGACGAUUCAGAGGGACACAAAGUUCGGAUAAAACUUGCUUGUUUCCUGAUCACUAUGCUUCAGGGUCCUGUCGACAUAGGUGUGAAUUUAGUGACAAACGAUCAAGUUACCGCUAUGAUGCUUCAAAUGGCUGCUUCUUCUAACCAUCUCAUGCAAAGUGUUGCUGCUGAACUGAUCGUGAUGACUGUUGUCAAACACGAAAGAGCAACGUCCAUCCUGAAGGUUGGUGUGCCCAUCCUGAGAAAGUUGUACGAGUCAGAGGAUGAGAAUGUAAAAGUUCGAGCACUUGUGGGUCUUUGCAAAUGUGCCGCUGCUGGUGGUGAUGAUGCAUCUCGAGCUACCAUGAAAGAAGGAGCCCCGCAAAAACUUGCGCAAACUUGUAAGAAGUUCUUGCUAGAGUACGACAAGUACAGCAUGGACGUUAGAAGGUUCGCUUGUGAAGGCCUCUCAUAUCUUUCACUUGAUGCUGAUGUAAAGGAAUGGAUUGUGGCGGAUUCAUUAUUGCUCCGUGCUCUAUUCUGCUUAGCACAAUCAGCUGGGGCACUUUGUGUGUUUACACUGGCGACUAUAUACGUGAAUCUUGCGAAUGCCUAUGAAAAACCCGAAGUUAACGAGGAGUUGGUGAAAUUGGCUCAGUUUGCUAAGCACCAUGUACCGGAAGUGCACCACAAGGACACCGACGACUAUGUUGAAAAACGAAUCAGAUGCUUAGUCGAAGAGGGGGCUGUUGCUGCUUGUGUGGCCAUCAGUAAAACGGAAUCACACAAAGCAUUGGAAUUGCUUGCUCGAGCAAUGCUCGCGUUUGCUGAGUAUGAAGACCUUAGAGGUCGCAUUAUCAGCGAAGGCGGCACAAAAUUGUGUCUCCGCCUAGCGAAGGAAGCCACGGGAGAGGGAAAAAUCAAAGCAGCGCACGCCAUAGCAAAGCUAGGUGCGAAGGCAGAUCCGCAGAUUGCUUUCCCAGGACAGAGAGCUUACGAGGUGGUCAAACCGCUUUGCGAGCUUCUUCAUCCUGAUAUCGAAGGGAGACCGAACUAUGACGCACUGCUCACUCUCACUAAUUUAGCAAGUAUGAGCGAUUCUGUUCGACGACGGAUUUUAAAGGAGAGAGCUGUGCCGAAAAUUGAAGAAUUCUGGUUCAUGACUGAUCAUGAACAUCUUCGCGCAGCAGCAGCAGAACUACUUCUGAAUUUGCUGUUUUCGGACGAAUUUUUCAAGGAUACUGUUAAGAAAGGAACAGAUAAGCUAAAGCUGUGGGUUCUUUAUGCGGCAGAGGAAAACGAACGUCUUGCGCGUUGUGCUACUGCUGCUUUUGCCAUUUUGACAGAAGACGUGGAUGCAAAUAGACGAAUCUUUGAUGAAAUAAAGUCUUGGCCGGAUAUAUUCAAGGAGAUCGCUAUGCAUGAGGAUCCUGAGGCUCAGCGGCGAGGACUAAUGGGUAUUGCAAAUAUAAUGGAAAGUGAUGAGAAACUCUGCUCGGAGAUUGUAGCGUCCGAAGUAUUCCGUGUGCUAGUGGCAAUAGCGAAACUUGGAGCUAAAAAUGAGGCCAGGAAAGGCUCUACAGAACAGGCAAAAAGAGGUCUAGCCGCUGCAGAAAAAUUUGGUAUCAUUAAACCAACUGAUAGGGAAAUGUACGAACGAGCAAACCAGGUGUCAACAAUUCCAGAGGAAUGA